AUGACUCUUCGACUUGCGACGAGUACCCUGCGUCGCACGGUGGCGGCCACGCGCGCUCCCACUCUGCGCAUCGCCGCGCCUCGCACACUGCAUAGCUCCGCGAUCCUCCCAAAAGCACCGAGGGGUAACGAGGACCAAGGUCCAUCAGGACCGAAUCAGACGACCAACAACGCUUCUGGCCCCUCUGGCACCGCACCCGAUGCUCAGCUCUCGGAUCCCUACCCACUGCCGUUCAGCCCCGAUGUGGUCGACCUGAACAACGCCAACUCCGGCCCUGAAUCCGGUCCCCAAAGCAAAUGGGCGGGACUCAACCUCGCCUCCGACCGUCAGACGCUCGAUGGCGUCGAUGCACCCAUGCGUGUCCCUGGUAGGGAAGAUGAGGAUCGGGACACGAAGGUGGCGAGGUUGGUGUACCAGUGCAGGAAACGAGGCACGCUCGAGACGGAUCUGCUGCUCAGCACGUUCGCCAAGAAGGAGCUGAAGAAUUUGCCCAUGGAGGAGCUUGAUGAGUUCGAUAGACUCCUCGACGAACCCGACUGGGACAUCUUUUACUGGUGCACCCAGCGCAAGCCCAUCCCUGAAAGAUGGGCCGACAGCUUCAAGACCGAAGGCAAGCUCGGACACCGAUUGAUCGUGCACACGAGGAACGAGGAGAAGGCCGUUCGCUGGAUGCCCGAGCUCUAG